AUGUGGACAAGGCGGCAAGCCGUGAUCAUUACUCUAGGGCACGAUCACCAUUUGACGAGCGUAGAAACCGGCUGUGGAAUGACAAUGGUCGCAAGACAGGUCCUGAUAUUAGGAUCUUUAGGCGCGGAGAGGACAAAUCAAGGAGGUUUGGAGGAGCUAGGCAUGAAGCGGCGUUGGAGAGCAAAACCUAAUUUAAAUACUCGUGCGCCUGUUGAAGUACAUGAAGGGAAUCCAUCCGAGGUUCCACUGCAGGGCAAGGAGGUAUCAUAUGCUAGUUUUGAGAAGAAUGAGCUACAGCAGCGUGAUGGUACUAGAUAUCAGAGGAGGCUUGCUAGUACAAUUGUUACUCCAACUGCUGUGGAGCACACAAUGGAGUGUAACAUAACAAUUCGCACCAAAGGUGUUGCGAAUAUACUUUCUUUCUCGCCUUUGCAGGAACAAGAAACUGAUGACACGGAGCAAAUGAUUGGAGCACUGAAUUACAUGGAUACAGUGGACCAACAAACGGCUUGA